ACCGAAUAAUCGUUAAGGCAAUAAGCCCGUAAAACAAACAUAAAAUUAUUCUAGGGCAGCAGGCGUAGGCCGUCUGUAGGCAGAGGCAUAGGCAGCAGUCAGGCACUGGCCAUCCAAUAGUUUGUCUUCAUCUUACAACUGAACCAACACCCGGCCGUUUGGGCUUUUCUCACCUUUGGCCAUACAAAAGGUAACCUCCACACAACAAAUAUCACUUCGUUCUUCUUAACCACCACAAAUCUUCAUAUUUGGUCCCAUCAAGCCAACAUGGAUCGGCCUAAACAAAGAACGAUUGCGCAUCUCAAUGGUAAGUCACCCUUGUAAGCAACGAAAUAGAAGAGACGAGAUCCCUACUUUCAACUGAAACUUAUUGUACAAGAUGUAGUUAUUAUGAAGACGUACUAAUAAGGUAAGUCUAUAUAUUCUAGACUCAUUGGAUUUGCCACUAAAACUCCUUCCUCUUAGAAUUAGCUAUGCCUGUUGAGAUCAUGCAUCUCAUAACAGAUGAGAUCUCCUUGCUAAAAGAGCCUUACAAGGACCUGCUCUAUUUGGCACUGACCUGCAAAAGUCUCAAAGCGGUUGUCCUUCCACGUCUGUACGACAAGGAUGCAAAAGACUCACUCAAACUCGAUCACCAGCAGCCCCUAGCCCUUCAAUGGGCGAGCUGGUUUGGUGUCCUCGAAACAGCAAAAGGAUCCUUGGAAGCUCUCGAACGGACCGGCACAGAUGUUGAAAGCAAGAUCAACCAGUCUUUCCAAAAUGAUCAUCUCUACACCUUACGAUAUAAGACCGCCCGGAGGACUAGUCCUUCAGGUCCAGCCUAUGGGUAUCUGCACUGGGGAAGCCGGAGCGGCCUUUUGCACCUAGCUUGCCUUCGUGGGAACACAGCAAUCGCCACAUUACUAUUAGGCAAUGGUUUCAAGCCAAAUACACCAGAUGAGAAGAAGCUACCUCCUUUGGCAUACGCGUUGAAUGAAGAUGUGGCCAAACUGCUCAUCAGUAGAGGAGCGGACGUUAAUGUCACACACGACACCGACGAAACAGCUUUAUGCCAUCUCGUUUCUUGGGGCCCAAUGGAUGACUGCGAUUGGAGCAAAGAACUCAACAAGCCUAAGAGCAAGGGUGCUCUGAAUGCUCUGGACACUCGCCACAAUCACUUCAGCACUAUUCGUUAUCUCGUCCAACAGGCCAACGCAGAUAUAUACGCAAAUACAAUAAAAAACGUCAGUCCCCUACUUUUUGCCAUAAGCAAGCGAUACGUCGAAGCUGUCCGGCUUCUUCUAGAAGCGGGUGCUUCGCCAAAUCCGAUCAACAAGGAGACAGGCCAGAAGCGGUUAUUGCUAGCGGAUGCACUCAAGCGAAACGAGAACCACGAGAUUGUCAGAAUGUUACUGGAAGCCGGAGCUGAAGCCGACUUUGACACAAUGCCAGAGGGUGAUCUUUCGCAGGCGCAGGGCGAAGCGCUUCCCAUUAUGAACCUGACAACAUCACUGAGUAAUCCAUUGUAUGCAAAGGCAGAAAUUGAUAUAGCCAGACUUGUCUGUAAGAAGAUCAGACACUUCAAUAAGGCCAUUGAUGGACAGACACCGUUGUGGUACUACGUCAGAAAGGGGAGAGGGGAUAUCGGUCAGGUUUUGAUAGAGCAUGGAGCAUGCCCCAAGUUGGCAAAUGUGGAAGUCCGUGAAGAUCUCGUUCCGAGACUAAUCGCACACGAAUAGCAUCGAAAUUUAUCACAACCUUCUCCUAUUGCAUUGAUUCCUUCUCUCUCUCUCCCCUUUAUCAUAACUGAUUCGAUCAAUGAAGAGGCCGUGUUAGUCUCUUGAGUAUUUCCAGUGAAGGGAACGAUUACAUAAAUAAUGCAUAUAUUGCGAAUUGGAUA